GUGGGAAUAUCCACCAAUGGAGGAGAAAGAUUUUGCGGAAGCGUACACGGAGAGAACGCCUACGUAAAAGACGUAAAUUGACAAACCGCAUGGGCAGUGUAUAUUAUCAGCACUGCGCGUGCGCGUAGUUGUUGUACGCAUGUGUAUAACAAUACGUAAUCUGAAUCCCCAUGUAAGGGAUGUACUGUACUACUGUACAGUAUCUGUAACUCUGUUGUAGUCCGGAAUUGGUUAGUAAGAAUGCGACGCAUGCGUAUUCCCGAGCAGCUUGAGCGGCUUUGGCAGAGUAUGUUGCGCGCAUGCGCUCGAGCCCCCCCCGUCCCCGCACAAACGCUGCUGGGAAAUGUAGUUUUGUCCUGCGUUUUCACUUGUAGGCUCAAUCUAGGGUUCUACUGUACUAGUAAAGAUGGAUGGAUUUUUCCUUUUGGGGUUUUGAAAAAAAAGGGAGGAAUAGGGGAAAGUCUUCGGCCCUUCGGAAGGCGAGCCUGACUUUCACCUGGUGAAUUCAAAUCCUGUCUCGUCCGUGCUGUCAGGAGGACCUCGUCUUGGCAAUUUCCGUGGUUGCAUUUCCUCAUCACGAACACCCCUGCUGGUAUACAGGCAUAAACCCGUCAACUGGCGUGGAAAGCUUGUCUGAACUGGAAAAGGAAUGGCAAGUAUGGAACCUGCCAUAAAAAAGACACCAGCUGCAGGAAAAGGGGAGGAAAGCAAGAUGGCAGACCAGAAAUCAGCUGGGGGCAAAGGAAAUGUCCAAGAUCCAUUGGCUGCAAGUGAGAAAAAGGCAGAGAGCGAGGACCUCAAAGAGAAUCUGCCUCCACCCAACCACGCAAGAUCGGCCCAUGGGAACAUCCCGUGGGUCUGUCCAGAUGGCACAUUUAUCAAACUGGUUCUGGAGACUGGCACGGGUUUAGAUAAACCCAAGGAAGGCUCCCUCUGCCAGGUCUUCAUUGAGGCUGAGCCAGGAGGACCCUUGAGUUACCCUUCCCACAAAUGGGCCGAGGUGGAACUGGGCGGGGGUGACGCCGAAUGGGAUGGGGUCGUGGACUGUUGCUUAGAGACCAUGCUGGCCGGCGAGCGGGCCGAAGUAAGAUUGACAGGAGGAGGCACGAUCACCAUCCAGCUGGCGAGCUUCACGGCAGCCAAGGACUCCUGGGAGAUGAGUGCCAGCGAGAAAUGGGCUUUGGUGAUCAGCCACAAAGAGCGCGGCAGUGAGCUGUACCGAGCGGGAGAUGUUGGUGCCGCCGCCCGGCGCUACGCCCGGGCUUUGCGUCUGCUUGUGGUGGCUGCUCCUCCUCCAGACUACGACCAAAUCAAAGCGGAGCUGCAUGCCAAUCUCGCUGCUUGCCAGCUGAGGUUGCACCAGCCGGCCAACGCCGCCUCCAACUGUACCAAGACGCUGGCGCUUCAGCCGGCCAACACCAAGGCGCUGUUUCGACGGGGCUUGGCUUUCGACGCCAUGAAUGACCUGGAAGGGGCGGCUCAAGAUCUGAAGGGCGUUUUACAGGUGGAGCCAGGGAACCGAGCUGCCCGCCGAGAGCUGGACAGGGUGAUGGAGAGGAUCAAGGCUCGGGACGCCAAACUGGCCCAAGCCAUGCAAAAAAUGUUCGCUUGAACGAACCACAAAGCCGUGUUGUCGUUUGUAGGUUAGAUUUGGCCUUUUGCUCUUUUUGCCCAAGGAGCAAGAGGGAGGAAAUACAUAGUUUUCGAAUGAAUCAGUU